UCAGUUCUUCUCAGAGGAGAAAGAAAAUUAAAAUUAUCUCGGGAAAGAGAGAAUUUUUGUCAGUUACAAGUUAUGAAUAAUUCUGAAGAUUUAUUGAUCAUUUGUAAUGGUUUCUAAGUUAUUUAUAAUGGUUUAUAUAUACUCUGGUCUGGAUGAUCUUGCAGCAGCCUGGAAGGCAAUGGAAGGUGUAGAAGUAAUUAAUGGCCUUGGGUGCAAGAUGUCUUGCUCUUCCUACAAGAUUUUGUAUGUUUUGGACACUGAGGAUUUCUUCCACAGGAAAAAGAAGCAUAAGAAGAAGAGCGAGAACUUGGCACAUGACAAAUCAUCAUCGCAGCAAUGCAACUUGUACAGAAUAGAAAGAUUCUACAACUUGUAUACAUAGAUUUAUAAAUUCUUAUAAAUAGAUAUAUAACCUUGUAGAUUAAUUUAUAAACACUUUUAAAUAAAUGUAUAAACUCUUAUAAAUAGCUUAAAAGUUCUUGUAAAUAGUUUUAUAAACCAUUUUAAAUAGUUUUAUAAACCUUUAUAAAAUGUUUAUAUAUUAGUUAUAAUGGUUUAGAAAAUGUUUAUAUAUUAGUUAUAAUGGUUUAUAAAUUAUUUAUAAGGAAUUAUAUAUAAUUUAUAAAGGUUUAUAAAUAAUCUCGGUUAUUGUUUUGGGUUUAGUAUUGAAAAAUUGCAGUUUUCACAUAAUUAUUUUGGUUUUUGAGUUCUCAAAAACUAUUUUCAGCUUACUCAUUUCUCGCUCUUCAGUUCUUCUCAGAGGAGAAAGAAAAUUAAAAUUAUCUCGGGAAAGAGAGAAUUUUUGUCAGUUACAAGUUAUGAAUAAUUCUGAAGAUUUAUAGAUAAUUUGUAAUGGUUUCUAAGUUAUUUAUAAUGGUUUAUAUAUACUCUGGUCUGGAUGAUCUUGCAGCAGCCUGCAAGGCAAUGGAAGGUGUAGAAGUAAUUAAUGGCCUUGGGUGCAAGAUGUCUUGCUCUUACUACAAGAUUUUGUAUGUUUUGGACACGGAGGAUUUCUUCCACAGGAAAAAGAAGCAUAAGAAGAAGAGCGAGAACUUGGCACAUGACAAAUCAUCAUCGCAGCAAUGCAACUUCAGCCUGCAAGGCAAUGGAAGGUGUAGAAGUAAUUAAUGGCCUUGGGUGCAAGAUGUCUUGCUCUUCCUACAAGAUUUUGUAUGUUUUGGACACGGAGGAUUUCUUCCACAGGAAAAAGAAGCAUAAGAAGAAGAGCGAGAACUUGGCACAUGACAAAUCAUCAUCGCAGCAAUGCAACUUGUACAGAAUAGAAAGAUUCCACAACUUGUAUACAUAGAUUUAUAAAUUCUUAUAAAUAGAUAUAUAACCUUGUAGAUUAAUUUAUAAACACUUUUAAAUAAA